UGAAUGUGACGCAGAAGAACCAUCUCCCUAAAGAUCUCGUCAAAAAAUUGCAGAUGAAGGUCAAAGGUCAGAUCUAAACACAGCAGCAUGGACCAACAUGAAGACGAGGAGGACAGAGUCCCUCCCUCUAAAGCCGCUCACAGUGGGGAAUAUGAUGACCAGAGUAAAGUUCAGAGGAAACCACCAGAACCAGAACCAGAACCUGGUAAAUCAGUCCAGCUUUCAGCAUCAAAGAGGAAACUACUAGAACCAGAACCUGAACCUGGACCCAGCUGUGUGUCUUUACAGAGUGACAGUUCAAGAUAUCAGAUUAUAGAUUUUAAAUCAGAUGAACCUCCAGCAGCAAAGAGGAAACUACCAGAACCAGAACCUGGACCUGGACCCAGCUGUGUGUCUUUACAGAGUGACAGUUCAAGAUAUCAGAUUAUAGAUUUUCAAUCAGAGGAACCUUUAUCAGCAAACAGAGUGGACCAGCAGAGCUCAGAGGUUCCCACUGGUCCGUCUGUCCAGCAGGAUCAAACACAGCUGGACUCCAUAUUUAUGCUGCUGGAGGAAAACAUCAUCACUUUUGUGAAGAACGAGCUGAAGAAGAUCCAGAAGAGUCAGAAGAAGAAUGAGGAGAUGUUGGAGGGUGAGGAUGAAGAUCAAAGGAGAAACAGCAGAGAAGCUUUAGUGAAGAUCACCCUGAACUUCCUGAGGAAGAUGAAGCAGGAGGAGCUGGCUGAUCAUCUGCAGAGCAAGCUUAGUCCCUCAGCUCCUCAACAUCAACUUAAAUCCUCCCUGAAGAAGAAGUUCCAGUGUGUGUUUGAGGGAAUCGCUAAAGCAGGAAGUCCAGCCCUCCUGAACCAGAUCUACACAGAGCUCUACAUCACAGAGGGAGGAACUGGAGAGGUCAACCAGGAACAUGAGGUCAGACAGAUUGAAACAGCAUCCAGGAAACCACACAGACCAGAAACAACAAUCAGACAAGAAGACAUCUUUAAAGUCCCACCUGGAAGAGAUCAACCAAUCAGAACAGUGAUGACAAAGGGAGUGGCUGGCAUUGGGAAAACAGUCUUAACACAGAAGUUCACUCUGGACUGGGCUGAAGACAAAACCAACCAGAACAUCCAGUUCAUAUUUCCAUUCACCUUCAGAGAGCUGAAUGUGCUGAAAGAGAAAAAGUUCAGCUUGGUGGAACUGAUUCAUCACUUCUUUACUGAAACCAAAGGAAUCAGUAACUUUGAACAGUUCCAGGUUCUGUUCAUCUUUGAUGGCCUGGAUGAGAGUCGACUUCCUCUGGACUUCAACAACAAGGAGAUCCUGACUGAUGCUACAGAGUCCAGCUCAGUGGAUGUUCUGCUGACAAACCUCAUCAGGGGGAAACUGCUUCCCUCUGCUCUCCUCUGGAUAACCACACGACCUGCAGCAGCCAAUCAGAUCCCUCCUCAGUGUGUUGGCAUGGUGACAGAGGUCAGAGGGUUCAAUGACCCCCAGAAGGAGGAGUACUUCAGGAAGAGAUUCAGAGAUAAAGAACAGGCCAGCAGGAUCAUCUCCCACAUUAAAACAUUACAAAGUCUCUAUACCCUGUGUCACAUCCCCGUCUUCUGCUGGAUGACUGCUACAGUUCUGGAGGAUUUGCUGGAAACCAACAAAAGAGCCAUACUCCCAAAGACCCUGACUGAGAUGUACAUCCACUUCCUGGUGGUUCAGACCAAAGUGAAGAAGGUCAAGUAUGAUGGAGGAUCUGAAACAGAUCCACACUGGAGUCCAGAGAGCAGGAAGAUGAUUGAGUCUCUGGGAAAACUGGCUUUUGAUCAGCUGCAGAAAGGAAACCUGAUCUUCUAUGAAUCAGACCUGACAGAGUGUGGCAUCGAUAUCAGAGCAGCCUCAGUGUACUCAGGAGUGUUCACACAGAUCUUUAGAGAGGAGAGAGGGCUGUACCAGGACAAGGUGUUCUGCUUCGUCCAUCUGAGUGUUCAGGAGUUUCUGGCUGCUCUUCAUGUUCAUCUGACCUUCAUCAACUCUGGCGUCAAUCUGCUUGAGGAAUCUUUGACAGAAGAUAAAGAAUCAGCACUGGCUAAUUUACAUCAGAGUGCUGUGGACAAAGCAGUAGAGAGUCCAAAUGGUCAUCUGGACUUGUUACUUCGCUUCCUUCUGGGUCUUUCACUGCAGACCAAUCACACUCUCCUAAAAGGUCUGAUUUCACCGACUGAAAACAAAACCAGUCUGGAAUCAGUCCAGUACAUCAGGAAUAAGAUCAGUGAAAAUCUCUCUGGAGAGAAAAGCAUCAACUUGUUCCACUGUCUGAAUGAACUGAAUGACCAGUCUCUGGUGGAAGAGAUCCAACAGUCUUUGAGUUCAAGAAGUCACUUAAAAGAAAAUCUGUCUCCAGCUCAGUGGUCAGCUCUGGGUUUCAUCUUAUUGUCAUCAGAGAAAGAUCUGGAUGUAUUUGACUUGAAGAAAUACUCUGCUUCAGAGGAUGCUCUUUUCAGGCUGCUGCCUGUGGUCAAAGCCUCCAAAAAAGCUAUAUUGAGUGAUUGUGACCUCUCAGAGCGAAGCUGUAAAGCAUUGGCACCAGUUAUAGGGGAUCAUUGGUCAAGUCUUCGAGAGUUAGAUCUCAGUAACAACAAGCUACUGGAUUCAGGAGUGAAGCUGCUGUGGUCUGAACUGGAGAGUCAGAACCUUCAACUGGAAGCUCUCAGGCUUAGCAUCUGUAACCUGACUGAGAAAAGCUGUGAGAGUUUGGCUUCAGUCCUCAGCUCCCAGUCCUCCAGCCUCAGAGAGCUUGACCUCAGCAACAAUGACCUGCAGGACUCAGGAGUGAAGCUUCUGUCUGAUGGGCUGAAGAGUCCACACUGUAAACUGGAAACAUUAAGGCUGUCAGGCUGUCUGAUCACAGAGGAGGGCUGUGAUUCUCUGGCUUCAGCUCUGAGCUCCAACCCCUCCUACCUGAUAGAGCUGGACUUGAGCUACAACAAUCCAGGAGAGAAAGCAGUGAAGCUACUGAGAGAAAGACAGGAGGAUCCACACUGUGGACUGAAGCAUCUCAGCCUGGAGCCUGCAGGAGCCCAAUGGUUAAAGAAAGGUCUGAUGAAGUAUUCCUGUCAACUCGCCAUCGACGCAAACACAGUGAGCAGAAAACUCAAACUGUCUGAGGACAACAGGAAGGCGACCCAUGUGGAGGAGCUUCAGUCAUAUCCUGACCACCCAGACAGAUUUGAUGGUCCUCACCUGCUGUGUGCUACUGGUCUGACUGGUCGCUGUUACUGGGAGGUGGAGUGGGAAAGAAAUGUUCGAAUAGCCAUGAGUUACAGGGGGAUCAGAAGGAGGGGAGGUGGUGAUGAUUGUAUGUUUGGAUUUAACAACCAGUCCUGGAGUUUGAGCUGCUCUGAUUGUGAUGGUUACUCUGCUUGGCAUAAUAAGAUAGGGACACCCAUCUCCUCCUCCUCUGUCUCUAACAGAGUAGCCGUCUAUGUGGACUGUCCUGGUGGAGUUCUGUCCUUCUACAGAGUCUCCUCUGACUCCCUGAUCCACCUCUACACCUUCAGCACCACCUUCACUGAACCUCUCUACCCUGGAUUUGCAAUCUUCUCUAAUUCCUCUGUUUCUUUAAUCUGAAGAGCCUAAGAAAAGGUCUGCUGCCCUUUUUCUACAGCCUAGUUUAGCUUGACUUUCUGAAAGAACGCUAAAAGGAGAUGUUGACAAAAAUGGGUUUUUACAUUCAACUAAAAUGUAGCUACUCUUGCUGCACUGGGCUUUACAGUGGUGACUGACAAACUAUAAUCCAGUUUGUCUGUAUUCGUCCCUUGCAGAGACUGAACAGCUUAUUUAAAGAAAUAACAAGGUGUUUUCAGGUCAUUAAGUGAAAAAAGUGAAAACUGUUUCACAUUCUCUUUCCACCAUACAUAUAUUACCGUAAAACACUUUUUUACUUUCAUGUACUUAUUUUUUUGUUUUGUUCUUGUAAAUGUUUUUGUAAACUUUUAUGAUUGCAAUUAUUUUUGGUUUAUUUGCUAUAAUCCAUGUAAAUUCUCUAAUGUAACUUGAGAGAAUGAAAAGAAUACUAAAUGGUGUGAAAGUUUUCUCCUUGAAUUGCAUUUUAAGUUUCUUGACAAAAUCUUCUUUAAAACACUUUUUUACAUUCAUGUGCUCAUUUUGUUUUGUUCUCAUAUUUUUGUUUUACUUUCUCUAAAUAUCUAAACUCUUAACUGUAGUUUAUUUAGGCAAAGUUGCUGUUUUAUAGAACUGAAUAAAAUGUAGAGUUGGUGAUUUUUU